UUUCACUUGAGAAAAGAUGUAGUAUAUACCGUUGAUUGUUGGUCAAGAUGGUAUAUUGUUAGUUUCGAUAAUAAAACCAUUUUCGGUUAAAUGUCGUCACUCGCACCUGUCAGCCAAUCAGAGGCAACCUGAGGUCCACUUCUGUCCGCCCACAGGGAGCAGGAGGCUUUUUCAACAGCUGCAGCUCUCAGUCAGGACAUUUGGACCAAACACUGCAACAUGACCAGAAAACUACAAAACCCCAGUCUGGACGAUGCCAGGAGCAGGAAAAGGAUUCUGAAACCAGUUGUUGAGAAGAAGAGAAGAGAUCGAAUAAAUCAAAGUCUUGCUGACCUGAGAACUUUGCUGUUGAAUCAUACAUCGGAUCCACGACUGCAGAAUCCCAAAAUAGAGAAAGCUGAGAUUCUGGACUUGGCUGUGGAAUAUCUUCAGAAGUGGACGGAUGGAAAGAAGCUGAGCAAUGACUCUGCUAAUAGUCAGAUGAAGACCCGUGCUCCUGUGGUGAGUCUUCAUCACCCAGAGGCUUGUCUUGCUCCUCUCUUCACCAUUCAGAGCGCAGGGUUUCAGCAGUGUGUGGCUCAGCUGACCACCUAUAUGAACAAAAUAACACCGGCCCAGAAAACAAGCCUGAUUGAGGGACUGAAACAUCACACAGAGACCCAGCAGUCAAAACCAGACUUCGGCCAGAAAACGACUGAAACUGAGACGCCAGAUGCAGCGUCCGUCUACGUCGUCUGCACGUCUGAGAGAAAAGACGAGUCCUCCAAGUCGCUGUUUCCAUCCCAUUCUCCAUUUCAGCCUCAGUCUUGCUCCACACCAUGCCACGACUAUCUCUCCCCUCCCACAUCUCCCUGGUUCUCUCCUUCUUUCUCCACAUAUGCCACCUCUCCCCCUUUCCCAUCAUUAGCCUCUCACUUCUCCUUCCCCCCCAGCCUGUCACCUCCAUCUUCCAACACCUCCUUUUAUAGUUUCUCGCCCACGGUCUCUCACACCAGCCCUCCUGCCCUCCACUUCCCCCCACUCACCGCUCUGAGAUCCUCUCCACGUCCCGCACCGAGGGAGGGGUCACUACCAAACUCCUCUUCAGCCAUGUGGAGACCUUGGUUUUGAUGAGGAGGUGCAGAGACUGACAAACUGAGAACAGCAGAGCCCCUUAGUGGGAACAAACUGGAAUGUCUGGAUGAGGAGAUGAACACCUGCCGUGUACAGUGUAUAUAUUGGUAAAAUGUCCUAUAUUUUCUAUUUCUCUUGUAAAUAAAAAUUGUACUAAA